AUGGCACACCAAUUAGGGCCGGAUAGUGACCGUCAGCUGAUUCUUGUUCCCGAGGAAGGCCGCAAGGGGUGGUUGUGUGUGACUGGUGCCUUCUUCUGCCUCUUCAGUACUUUUGGUUUCCUCAACGCGAUUGGUGUUUUCCAAACUACCUACGAAGAAACAUUACUCAGCGCUUACACAUCGUCAGAGAUUGCAUGGAUCUUUUCCGUCCAGCUUUCGCUGAUGUGGGCGCCUGGUUCCCUGUUCGGCCACCUGGUCGACACAUACGGACCAGCGCCAGUCUUGCUUCCAUGCAGCGUACUGUGCGUCUUUUCACUGUGUAUGACGAGCCUGAGCACAAGUUACUACCAGAUAUUCUUGGCUCAAGGGCUGGGGUUUGGGCUUGGGGCGGGCGGGAUCUUCACUACCUCCUUAGUUUGCGUUGGACAUUGGUUUGUAAGACGCCGGGGUCUUGCUACCGGCAUCGCUAUUUCGGGAAGUAGUCUUGGAGGGGUUAUUUUCCCAAUCUUCUUCAACAUAGUCAAAAAGGAUGUUGGAUUUAUUAAUACCAUCCGCUACACUGCCCUGUUUAUUGGGAUCUUGCUAGCGACCUCUUGUUUCCUCGUAACCAGCCGACUGCCACGGAAGAAGUGGGAUUCUGGCUCGUCAUGGUUUGACGUUAGUGUUUUCAAAGAUAAAACAUUUUCGUUAUACACCCUUGGUGCUUUUUUUGUAAUGUUGGUUUCCCUUCAGCUAAGUGGAAGCCACAAUUGGAGGCUGACGAUUUCCAAGGUGGGGCCUCUGGGCGCCGUUCGAUUAUCUACCUCAGAUGGCUAG